AUGACGACACCAGAGGCCAACUUGACCACUACUGAAAUGAUGACGACACCAGAGGCCAAUAUGACCACCACAGAAAUGAUGACGAUACCAGAGGCCAAUAUGACCACCACGGAAAUGAUGACGACACCAGAGGCCAACAUGACCACUACUGAAAUGAUGACGACACCGCCGGUUGACAUGGCAACCACCACAGAAAUGCUGACAACGCCAGAGGCCAACAUGACGACACCAGAGGCCAAUAUGACCACCACAGAAAUGAUAACAACAGAGGGCAAUAUGACCACUACUGAAAUGAUGACAACACCAGAGGCCAACAUGACCACUACUGAAAUGAUGACGACACCAGAGGCCAAUAUGACCACUACUGAAAUGAUGACGACACCAGAGGCCAAUAUGACCACUACUGAAAUGAUGACGACACCAGAGGCUAAUAUGACCACCACAGAAAUGAUGAUGACAACAGAGGCCAAUAUGACCACCACAGAAAUGAUGACGCCAGACGCCAAUAUGACCACCACAGAAAUUGUGACGACGCCAGAGGUCAAUAUGACCACCACAGAAAUGAUGACGCCAGAGGCCAAUAUGACCACCACAGAAAUGAUGACGAUACCAGAGGCCAACAUGACAACCACAGAAAUGAUGACGACACGCUCUGUAAAUAUGACAACUACAGAAAUGAUGACGACACCAGCAGCUGAGAUGACAACCACAGAAAUGAUGGCGACGACAGAGGCCAAUAUGACCACCGCAGAAAUGAUGACGACACCAGAGGCCAACAUGACCACUACUGAAAUGAUGACGACAACAGCAGCUGAGAUGACCACCACAGAAAUGAUGACCACACCAGAGGCCAAUAUGACCACCACAGAAAUGAAGACGACACCGCCGGUAGACGUGGUAACCACCAAAAUAAUGACAACACCAGAGGCCAACAUGACAACCACAGAAAUGAUGACGACACCAGCAGCUGAGAUGAUCACCACCAAAAUGAUGACGACACCAGAGGCCAACCUGACGACCACAGAAAUCAUGGUGACAUCAACUCAAGACCUGACAGCCCCACCGACCACUACCACUGAAGUAGUGACUUCCAUGAUGACAUCAACUGUAGACCUGACCACACCAAUCAUGACGUCAGCCGGUACCAACCUAACGACCGUACAACCUGCAACUCCUACUGCAACGGAGGAAUCCACAGCACCUACAACCACCGCACAGACAACCCCUGACCAGACGACACCAGCACCUACUACCGACACCAUCUUACCAAACACUACAGUUCAUCAAACGACGAUGGCAGCAGAGACGACGUUACCAUUAACUACAGAUUCACUGACGACAAAGCUGUUGACCACAAUGGUGCCAACGACCAAGGCAAUGUCGACGAAAGAACCUCCAAAACCCAAAAUCUUUAACGCAGUCUUUCGCAUCACUAAAGGAGUCAACUUCACAGAGGAUCUCAGUGACAAGACAUCGGAUGCCUUCAGUAAUUUGGAAAAUGAUAUCAAGCCUUUGCUGGAGAAUGUGUACAGGAAUCGGUACGGUAAUCAGCUUGAGGAGGUGGUCAUCAAUGCAUUCAGGAGUGGCAGUGUGGUAGUGGACUAUAAUGUUGUCUUAGCGCCCAACGCCACAGACGUCACAGCAGAAGACGUGACAGACACUUUCACUCAGGCCCUAAACGACAGUUCAGGAGACUCACUACUCGGUGACUUUGUCAUAGACCCCGCAUCUAUAACAACCUCUGAAGUGGUUGCUACUACGGACCCUCCAUUGGCGACAACUGCCACAGCAGCCCUCCAGGAGUUUGUACUACCCCAGUGGGCUAUCAUAGUCAUCAUUGUUAGCGUGGUGGUGGUUUUCUUACUACUGGUCAUAAUCUUUGCGGUAAGUAAAAAAAAAAAUAGAAUAAAU